UUUUGACAGGAGCUCCAAAAAUAAAUAAAUAUUUAUAUUUUAUAAUUUAACACAAAUAUACGUUGGUGUCUGAAAUAAUGUAAUAGGAAGCAAUAUAGUUUUGAUAAUAUGAUCAAAAGUUCAAUUAUUGAUAAAAGUUCUGGUGCCAUCCGAUACCGAUUUGUGACACAGUGAAAAUUUUCAAGUAUCCACGAUAAAAAUGGAUAUACCUGUGCAAAUAGCUAUUCGCUUGAAGCCUCCAAGCAUUGCGGAUUCACUACAAUGUAUAUUCAGCAAUCCUGUAACGCAAAUCGUUAUAACAGAGAGUGGCCAAACAUUUCAUGUAAAUAGAGCCUUACCCGUAGACUGCACGCAAGCUCAUCUCUUUAAUUCAUUUAUGAUUCCACAAAUCAACUGUUUCCUAGAUGGUUGUGAUACUUCAGUUGUGGUUUUUGGUCAGUCAAAGACAGGAAAAACUUACACAUUAUUUGGUCCAGGUUUUGAAUGCAUACACAGUGAAUGCGACCAAGGUAUUGUUCCAAGAUUUUUAACAGAAAUAUUUCACAAACUCAGUCAAAUGCCUGAGAGGGAAUUUAUAUUACAUAUAACAUGGAUGCAAGUUAUCAACAACAAUAUAUUUGAUGUGCUUGGAGGUGGACUAAUUAGGUGUUGUAAUAUUGAAGAAGCAUUUCAAUAUUUGCAAUUAGGCUGGCGGCAAAGGUGUAUUGGUAAUUAUCACACUGUCUUCACAGUCAGUAUGGAGCAAAAGUGGGUUGGAACUAAUGGAGUUCUUAAUCAUAGGAUGUCAACAGCUAGCUUUUGUGAACUUGCUGCUUAUCCAGAACCUGGCCUGUUUGCCUUAGAGAGUAUAAUUAAAGAAUUAGUUGCUGGUAAUCCACCUAAACAAAUCAAUUAUGAUAGAUGCAUUCUAACAGCUAUGUUGAGAGAUUCUUUUGGUGGAAGAGCUUUUACAUGGGUCAUUGGAUGCAUAAGUACAGAACCAGAGGAAUAUCAGGAUACUCUAAAAACACUCAAUGUGUGUUUGUGUUGCCGUGGCAUUAAGAAUUUUGUUACUGUAAAUUUGUUUGCUGAUAAUAACACACCUGUAUAUUCUGAAAAGAGUGCUUUACCAUCAGAUAAUGCAUUUAACUUGCAAUUUGCUACUACACAGUGGAUAAAGCUAGUUUCAAAUGCAGAAGGCUUAUUCAAUAAAAUAUUACAAUCUAAAUCAUUAUCUGAGACAGAUAUGAAUCAAGUUAGUGAAUGGUUGUUUUUAAAAGCUGAGUGUGAUGAAUGUCUUAAUAGUGAAAUAACUGUAGAUAAUAAAGAAAUCAAUACAAAGCAAGGAUUGCCUAGAAUAGCUGAAGAUACAGAGCCCAGUGAACCAAGUGAAUCAGAUGUUGAGUCUGAUUCAGAGGAUAGUGAUUCAGAAACUGUUUUUCAAGAUAAGGUAGAAAAGAUGAUGGAAUAUUUUAGGGAAAAAAAUGAUCAGUUGUAUGCUGAGAGAUGUGAAGAGUAUUUAAAUCAUAUUGAUUCAGAUGAUAUUACAAUAUCUGAAACAAGCGGAUCUCAAUCAUUGCCUGUGAUGACUUCACAAUCAAAUUCUGGAAGAAGAAGAACUAUUCAACCUGGUGAAAGUAUAUCUGGUGCUCAGUUGGAACUUUUAAGGAAGGUAGCAGCUAAAGCAAUCUCACCUGAAUCUCAGAAAAUUCUAAUAGAAUCUCAUAAAAAAGAAAUAGACCCUGAACCAAAACUGAUAGAAAGAGAAUUGUUGAAAAUGAUAGACAAUCCAAAAACAACAGAAAUAUGCAAAAAAUAUAAGAUGACAAAAGAAAAGUAUGCACAAAAACAAGUUCUAGCUAGGAAAUUGUCAAAAGAGAUUAGUACUAGUCAAUCUCAAUUAAAAGAGUUAAUUAAUCUUUGUAUAUCUAAAAAAAGGCUCAUUGAUGACCUGACUAGGAGCAUUUCAAAUAAUACUCGUAAUAAGUCAUACACAGAGAGAGUAGAAUCAAAUAUUAUAGAAAUGGACUCUAUAAAAGAAAUAAAAAGACACGAAACUAAUUUAAAGACUUAUAAAAAACAAAUUGACCAAAUCAAAAGGCAAAUAAAGAAAGAUGAGAAAAGAAAGAAUACAUUAGAUGUUGAGUUACUUAAGGAUAAAUUAAAAUUAGAUGAACUAUCAGAAACAUCUGUUGAUUUAAAGGAUAAAAAAGUGCAUACAAUUAAACACUUUACAAAUAGAAUCACUCAACUAGAUACCAUAUUAAAAGAAAAGGCGAAUGAUCUAGCAAAUUUGGAACUUUCAAGAGAAAAAGAACUGAUGUUGAGAAAAGAAAUUAAGAAUUUGCGUAAAGCUAGAGAGUGCUUACAUGAACAGCGGUGUAGUUUAGGACAUAAGAGAAAAUUAUAUAAAUCACUUUCAGAUUCUGAGGAACGAAAAUUGCUAGAAUGUGAAGAAGCUAUAGAAGCUAUUGAUACAGCAAUAGAAUAUAAGAACAAUUUAAUUUGCGGAAGAUCCCCUUCUGCAUCGUUAUCAGAUUCACCAGAUAACAAGGAUUCCAGGAGUAGAGGGGAACAGAUGUUGAUGGCAAGGCUAGAUAAAUUGUCACAUGAAGAAAUGAAAACACUGCUUUAUAGGUAUUUCCAAAAGGUGGUAGACUUGCGUAGUGCGUGUGCGGCGCUGGAAGCGGGCGCGGCGGCGGCGGCUGAGGAGGCGGCCACGUGGCGUGCGCGCGCCGCCGCUGCUUGGCGACACGCGCAGAGAUCGCGACCGCCGCCCAAUCGAUGUCUAGAUGGAGGGAAUUUCGAUAGAGCCCUAUCAUUGGGGAUAACAACAGAUUCGGAAACGUCGGACGAUGCGAUGCGAUUAGUUGAUCGAAUGCGACAGCUCGCUAGAUACCCACCGGCCCCUAUAAUUCCCAGUCAAAACUUACGCCAACUCAUGCCAGCUACUCAUUUACCAGUCGCCAAAGUUACAAAAGAGAAAAACAAACUCGUGAUUGUACAGCAGAACAAAAAACACUGAUAUUAUAGUUUUGUUAAGUAUGUAUUUUUUUUAAAUACUCAUUAUUUAUUAAUUGUAAUCUAUCUGAUAAUUAUUACAUUCGCUCUUUUUAAUGUUUGUAUAGUGUUACACCGUUUUACUUAUUUAGUGUAAUUAUUGUAUUUUGUAUUUUUAAAUAUUGACGAGGCAUUUAAGACGAUUUUAUUUUACAAAUAUGACACAAGCUAGAGUGAUUUUAAACCAUUGUCACAUGCAAUAAAUUAUUUAAUUUGGAAGACUGCAGUUCGGUGAUAUAAGAAUUUAUAUUAAUUAAAUCGGUAGAAAUUUUGAAUCAUCACAACAGUAGACAAUAUAGUGGAUUUUUGUCAAAUAUUUAAGUAUAAUAAUUGAAUUGAUGAGAUCCUUAUAAUCUAUACAGUUUCAUAUUAAGUCUUUGUUCUUUCACUCUUUAAGCUAUUUAUCAUUAAAUUGCAAUGCAUAUAAAAUGGUUGAUAAGAUAAGAUUGGAAAAGGUUCUAUAAAGAAUGCAAUUUUGAUUCUGCUUGAUGCGAUAUAGCUAUAAAACUCAGUAUUGCUGCUAUGAAUUUUGAUUAAGUUUUAUGUAAUUCUUAAAUGUUACCUUUAGCUAAACCACAUGAGUAUGAAGUACCAGAGUGAAAGAAGUUUUAAAGACCUUUAACUUUAUUGCUUGUUUCUAAUGAUCUGAUGGUAUAACUGUUUUAUUGUCUAUCUAUUUGUGUCUAAAAUUUUCUGCUUUACCCAUUUAUGAACUAGAUAAGUGUGCGUUACGUAUUUAUAUAGACGUUCCUUAAACUUUAUAAAAAUGUUAGAAUUGGAUGCUUGGGAUUAGUCUUAAUUAUGAUAGUACACGCGCUAGCCAAAUAUUCAGUACUUCUGUAAACAGUAGAGUUGCUCAAAUAAAACAAGGUUUUAACUUUUAGCAUACACGUUUAUUCGCUAUAUAAUUCGAUUUUGCUAUUCAGAUUACAUUUUAUUAACAUUGUUCAAUUUAUGUACACUUUGUAUUGUUAAUAAAAUUUUAAUCAAGAAAA